ACCAGUAAAAGUCUUGAAUUCAACCUUUUUAUUGAGUGAGAAAAGCACUGCCAGUCAAAUGUACAUAAGAUAUCAAAAGUUAAUGCACUCAUGCAGAUGGAAAAGCCUCAUUUAUUUUCUAGUUAUUAGAGUUAAAUUGGCUCUUUUUUAAAAUAAUGCUGGCAGUAUUUAUUUAUUUAUUUAUAUGGAUCCACAUUAGCCAGGACCAAGGGAGCGACUACUCUUUCUGGGAAAUGAAAUGCAAAACAAUGUAAAUUAAAAUCGAGACAAAAAAAAGGAAACAAGAAAAUAAAAAUACAAACAACAGCAAAACUAAUAGUGAUAAUAACAACAGUGAAAGGUCCACACUUUAUCUAAAGUAAAAGUAAAACAUUUGAUUCAGCUCUAAAAAACAAUAACUAUAUGAAACGAGUUCCUCAUUGAUGAUGAUAUUCAGAUAUUAUGUUGCUCAACACGCGCUGUGGAGCAGGGAGGUUGUUAUUCUCUCAUAAAGUUUUGUGAUCUUCAUUUUACAGUUUUUAUUCUCACAGUUUCCUGUUGAUUGAGAGAGAGCGUAUCUGCUAACAGGAUACUGACUGGUUGGGAUUCCCUGCAGAUCUUCAUCUUCAUCUUCACGGUCCAUGUGUGAGUCAAAGGGGAGGUGAGCCCUCCCUCUGGAGCCGGACAGCCAAUAGGAGCUCUCCCUGGAUUAUCCCGCUCUUAUAAAGCCCGAGGAUGCUGAGGCUGCGAGAGGAGCAACAAGAAGCGCCUGAAGAGACCCUGAUCCAACAAGUGCUCAGCUGAGAAGAAGAAGUGAUGGAUCACUCCAAACAGACUCCGUACGGCUCAGGUGAGAAGAAAGACACCGGGGACAGCGACUCCGUGCUCAACGGACACUUUGACGGGAUGGUGAAGCGGCCAGCCGGCGGCACCGGGCGCACCGGCGCUCCCCAGGCUCCGGGCGCGGAGUCCGGCUCGCACCGACCGGCCAACCCGGUGAUGGAGAGCUGGAAGGACGAGCGCACCAGGAGCGUGGAGGACAACGAGAUGAGCCUGCCGGCCCUGGCCGCUGCCUACACCACCAUCCUGCGGGGGCUCGGGGAAGACCCGCAGAGGCAGGGGCUCCUCAAAACCCCCUGGAGGGCCGCCACCGCCAUGCAGUUCUUCACCAAGGGCUACCAGGAGAAAAUUAUAGACGUGCUGAACGACGCCAUCUUCGACGAAGACCACGACGAGAUGGUGAUCGUCAAAGACAUCGACAUGUUCUCCAUGUGUGAACAUCACCUGGUGCCCAUCUUCGGCAGGGUUCACAUCGGUUACCUCCCCAACAAGAGAGUUCUGGGCCUCAGUAAACUGGCCAGGAUUGUUGAGAUCUACAGCCGUCGACUACAAGUUCAGGAGAGGUUGACCAAACAGAUCGCCGUGGCGAUCACUGAGGCCCUGCAGCCCACCGGGGUCGGCGUCGUCAUCGAGGCGACUCACAUGUGCAUGGUGAUGCGCGGCGUUCAGAAGAUGAACAGUAAAACCGUCACCAGCACCAUGUUGGGAGUUUUUAGAGAAGAUCCAAAAACCCGCGACGAGUUUCUGACACUGAUCAGGAGCUGAGGAGGAUGAAGCUCCUCCUCCUCUUCCUCUUCCUCCUCCUCCUCCUGUUGCCUGGGGUGACCUCCACCGUUGUGCUAAAUGUGUGUGUGUGUGUGUGUGUGUGUGUGUGUGUGUGUGUGUGAGAGAAUGUUUCCAUCUCAGCAGAGGCAUUGACAGAGUGUUACUGUGUUUUCAGUCAUUUCAAUGGUCGGAUCAAGUGAAGCGUCACCUUCCUGUCAGGGCGGGGUUUGUCAGAGGUCGCUGACUUGACAUCUUGUUUACUCUCAGACAGACUUUACCCCCUUUUGUCCACGUGUUUUGUGUGUGCGCUCGUUAGUCAAAUAUCAGUUACUGGCCUCGAAGUACAGAAGAAGAGUUUACAGAAAAGAAUCACGGUCGCUGGGAGUCAGUCAGAGCUGAGAGAAAGUCUGUCUGUGCAGAUGUGUGCAAACGUUUUUCCACACCAAUUCACAACAGAAGUUAUCUCAAGGCACAUUUUAACACACAGCAUUUUAAUUUUUCUAAUUAAAAAAAAAGGAAAAUCUAAGACUAAUUUCAAUGGAAAGUAGCUCAAGCCUGCUGGAAAAAUCUCACUAGAUGACAUAAUACCCUAAUUAGCAUAGUUGUGACGUCACUGUGUCAUAUUUGCAUUAGUCUCAGACAGUUUCAGCCCUUUACCUGUUCUCUUCCCCGCUCCUCUCUGUGCUCACAUAUACAGAUAUAUAUAUAACGCAGCUGAAUUCCCAAUAAAGCCGUUGUCAUUCACGUGUUUCUCUGUUUCUGUUGUCAGACGACGAAACAAGUGUGAAACAGUGACUAAAACACGACCCAUUAAAAGUCACUUUCAAGCCAUUUCGCAGGGGAACAGUGGCGACUGUGUAAUGAAGUUUACUGGAUGCUGACUGUCAUGGUUUCUGCAUUUAAAAUGAAAGGCCGGGAUAAUUUACAUGUAAUAGUUGUUAAAACACAGUGAGGAGAGAUAAAAGGUUCAAUUAAAGAUUCAUCAGGAUCGGAGCUUGAAUGAAUUUUGCCAGAUCUAAAAUGGAGCCCAACCCUUAUUAUUACUGAAGGACCCGUCCUCUGUGUUUGGUCUGAGUUGGUCCUGUGACUCGCUUCAUAUUUUUAGUUGAGAACAAUUUUUUUUAUAUCAAUAUGUUUUUUUUUUUUUUUUUUUAAAUCUGCCUUUAACAAACACCAUUUCCCAUAAACCCUAGAUGUUCGUCAUGGCUCGACAGAAGAGAACAUUGGUGAGAUCAAGCGACGCUGCACUUUCAGUUCUUUCAUGGGAACUGUAGUUUUUUCUGCGCUAACAAAGUAAAUCAUGAAGGUUCAAUUUCUUAUAGCAGCUGCUGUAGUGGACUGAGACUUAUCUCAGAAUAUUGAAAAUAGACUCGAGGAACACGUUAACUUUUUCACUGAGUUUCAGAAGCUGGUCGAACAUUUUCAGAUCUCAGCUUCUGAAAUAUGAGGAUUUACUGUUUUGUAUUAUUUUAGAUGAAACAUCUUCAGGUUGCAGACUGUUUGACGACAUCACUUCGGGCUCUGGGAAACUGUGAUGAGCCUUAUUCACUUAUUUCUGACAUUUUCCAGACUAAACAACAAAUUGAUUCAUUGAGAAAAAUAAUUGAUUGAAUUAACUAUAACUGAUGGACAUUAACUGUUAUUUGCAGCCCAGGAACUUUUAGGUUUUCCUCUACAACAAAUCCCUUUGUUUAAAACCUGCUCACACGUCUGAUCAUGUUUUUUUGUGAUUGACACUUUAACACUCUGUCACAGCUCAAAAACCUCAGUUUGAAAACUUACUGUCACAUCCUUUCCUUUAAUUCAGAGCUUUUUCGUUUGCUGAUUUAAAACCUGAACUGACACCAUGACGUUUGUGGUAUCACAACAAACAAAAACAAAGACUUUCAAUCUCAAACUGCAUCAAACGUUUGGUGCAAAAUCAGUGGAAAAAUGACCUGAAUGCAGACACACCAAUAUUCCAAUUUUUUCAUAUAAUUUUUCAACAUUUUAUCAUCAUUAUUAUUAUUAUUAUUAUUGCUAUAAUAUUAUUAUUAUUAUUGCUAUAAUAAUAAUAAUUAUUAAAUAGUCCUGUGCAAGGUUCUGCCUGUAUGUGCCAACCAGCCUCUCCAUUGAAACCAAAAAACGACUCCACAGUGACGCUGAGCUGCAGACUCAAAACAGAGAAUUAGAAUUUCCAUGAGACGCAAAUGUAGUGUGUGCGUGUGUCUGUGUGUGUGUGUGUGUGUGUGUGUGUGUGUCUCUGUGUGUGCGUGUGUGUGUGUGUGUCUAUUCUUGUGGGGUUUCUUUUUUUUUUUUCUUGCAUCUCAGUGCAGCAUAAUGUUCCCAAACUGAUUUGGGGUUUUAACUGGUGUAAUGUGGUGACUGGAGUUGUGUGUGCGCGCAUGUGUGUGCGUGCAUGUGUGUGUGUGUGUGUGUGUGUGUGUGUGUGUUGGAGGGAAAUUGAGCGCUAAAAAAACGGCUCUGAUGUUGUUUUCAUGGCCUUGUUGUGAAGGGCGGCCUGUUCUUUGGCCCCUUCACCAUCAUUGUCACUUUAUGUACUGUGUUCACUUCAAAGACUUUUUAAUCAAAGAAAAUAAAUCUCUGCUGUAUGUGACAGCGA